AUGGCAGGUGGAGGCGUUGCUAGCCCAACUAAUCGCAUCACGUCCACUCAGUUCUCCCUUAUGGAACUCAAAGCAAUCGUGGAGGAAGCACAGGCUGCCAAUAUUCAUGUCAUGGCGCAUGCUUACACUCCAAGGGCCAUCAUCCAAUCCGUCAAGGCGGGAGUUAAGAGCAUUGAACACGGAAAUCUUCUCGAUACCCAGGCCGCAGAAUUCAUGGCAAAGAACGACACAUAUCUUGUCCCCACCCUGGCAACAUAUGACGCAUUAGCAAAGGAGGGCAUCCAAAACGGUCUUUCCAAGGAAAUGAUCGCAAAAGUAGACUCCGUUCUCGAGUCUGGAAAGCGAGCUAUUUCCAUUGCUCAAGAAGCGGGGAUCACAAACUGCUACGGUUCUGAUCUGCUAGCCGAAAUGAGACGCCAUCAGUUGACGGGGCUCCGCCUUCUAGAAGAGAGCGGGAUGUCACCAUUGCAAGUUCUUCAAUCUGCUACUAUCAACGCCGCUCAAUUGCUAGAACUCGACACGGAGAUUGGAUCCGUCGAGGAGGGGAAGGUUGCUGACUUGCUCGUGUUGAAGGAAAACCCACUAGAUUCAAUUGCCGGGGUUUUCGACAACUGGCAAGACACAUAUCGGGCCGUCUUCAAAGCUGGUCAAAGAGUCACAGUCGACGGAUGA